AUGUCUUCUGUCUCUCAAAAACUUCUUAAAAAAUCUCAGCAUCCUAUAUUUGUCCACAGCUUAGACUAUGUAUCAAGUGUCAUUGAACACCAAAAGAAACUUUGUUCUGUUGUUCCAAAGGUUAAUCUGUCUUCUGGUUUUGAUGGUAUAGUUGCUGAUGCCUGCCUUCUUCCAUACAAGGACAAUGUGUUUGAUAUUGUUGUCGAUAAGGGAACAAUGGAUAGUCUUUUGAAGGAUGACAUCAAAGAAAGGAGAAUGCAAAAGUUUGCUUCUUUAUUAGAGGAAUCUUUACGAAUUUUGAGACCAGGAGGUUGCUUCAUGCAAUUUACUGAUGAAGAUCCUGAUAUCCAUUAUGAUAUUUUAUUCAUUGCAAUUCAAAAGCAUUCAGCUCAUCAGUAUCACCUAAGUUUCACAUCGGCUGGCUCUGAGCCUUACCCAUGUUAUGUUUAUUUAAUAAAGAAAACUAUGUUAUAA